CCGCAAAAAGAUAGGAAUAAAUAUAAAUUAAUAAAUCAGAAACCCUACUUAAACCCUGGACUUCUUUCUUCUCCCCCAAGCCAAUUAUGCAGUAGAGUGUAAAAGGAUCCACAAUUGGUACAUUCCCAUUUGGUUAUUCAUCCAUCGAGAGCUUUAGCGUAGUUAAUUUGAAAGAUUUAGAAAAUGGCGAAAAAGUGUGCAUCAGGGGUUAUGGCAGCCCUGGCUUCUGCAACUUUUGGGGCUGAUUAUGCUUGUGCAGAUGCACCUAUUAACUUUUCUCCGUUCUCGACUUCUUCUUCGGCUCCGCAGGCGGCUACUGAGCCGGCGAAGCCACCAAGUGAGCCAGCGGCUCCCGAGCCAACAAAGCCUCGUAAUGAUAAUCCCAGAACCACCUCAUCUGGCUUCGACCCUGAGGCGUUGGAGAGGGGUGCCAAAGCUUUGAGAGAGAUUAGUCACUCUUCCCAUGCCAAGAAGGUUUUCGAGGUGAUGAAAAAGCAAGAAGAAACAAGGCUGCAAGAAUUAACUGCAAAAGCAGCAGAGUUCAAGGCAAUGCAAGCUGAAGCAGAAACUGAGAGACAAAGGGUAGUAUACGAUGAGCAGAAAAAACUAGCUCAGCAACAGGCACAAAUAAAAUCACAGAUGGCUCGUUAUGAGGAUGAAUUAGCGAGGAAAAGGAUGCAGGCAGAGAAUGAACAUCAAAGGGCAAGGAAUCAAGAACUUGUAAAAAUGCAAGAAGAAUCAGCUAUGAAGCAAGAGGCAGCCAGACGAGCAACGGAGGAGCAAAUUCAAGCACAGCGUCGCCAAACUGAACGCGAGAAGGCUGAGAUAGAGCGUGAAACUAUCAGGGUACAGGCUUUGGCAGAAGCAGAAGGAAGGGCACAUGAAGCAAAACUGGCUGAGGAUGUAAACAGACGAAUGCUAGUAGAGCGUGCAAAUGCAGAGAGAGAGAAAUGGGUUGCUGCUAUUAACACAACGUUUGAUCAUAUUGGAGGGGGUUUGCGGGCAAUUUUAACAGAUCAAAAUAAGCUGAUUGUAGCUGUUGGAGGUGUGACUGCUCUUGCAGCAGGGGUCUACACAACAAGAGAAGGUGCUAGGGUGAUUUGGAGUUAUGUGGACCGAAUAUUAGGACAACCAUCUUUGAUUAGGGAAUCUUCAAGGGGGAAAUACCCAUGGUCGGGCUUGUUUUCACGUUCCAUGAGCACUCUCUCACGUGGUGCUAAUAGUUCUGGCUCCCAAAAUUUGAAUGGGUUCGGUGAUGUUAUUUUACACCCCUCCCUUCAAAAACGGAUUGAACAAUUAGCUAAUGCUACCGCUAAUACCAAAGCUCAUCAGGCACCAUUUAGAAAUAUGCUUUUCUAUGGGCCUCCUGGAACAGGGAAAACGAUGGCUGCUAGGGAGCUUGCACGCAAAUCUGGGCUUGACUAUGCGUUGAUGACUGGAGGAGAUGUAGCACCGCUGGGUUCUCAGGCUGUCACGAAGAUACAUCAAUUGUUUGAUUGGGCCAAAAAGUCCAAAAGGGGUUUGUUGCUUUUCAUUGAUGAAGCAGAUGCAUUUUUAUGCGAGCGGAAUAAAACAUAUAUGAGUGAAGCUCAAAGGAGUGCACUUAAUGCACUCUUAUUUCGCACGGGUGACCAGUCCAAAGAUAUAGUCCUUGCUCUUGCAACAAACCGACCUGGGGAUCUUGAUUCAGCUGUGGCUGAUCGUAUUGAUGAAGUCCUAGAAUUUCCUUUGCCUGGUGAAGAUGAACGAUUUAAGCUGUUGAAGCUCUAUCUUAACAAGUACAUGGCUCAAGCUGGGGAAAGAAAACCUGGCUUGUUCUCACACUUGUUUAAGAAACAGCAGAAACAGAUAGAAAUAAAGGGUUUAAAUGAUGAUAUUCUUAAGGAAGCUGCAACAAAGACGGAGGGAUUCUCAGGAAGAGAGAUAGCAAAGUUGAUGGCCAGUGUUCAAGCAGCUGUUUACGGGAGUGAGAACUGCGUAUUAGAUCCCAACCUGUUUCGCGAAGUGGUAGAUUAUAAAGUUGCAGAGCAUCAACAAAGAAGGAAACUCGCUGGUCAAUGAAGACCUGGAGUUAUUUUUUGCCGGACUGCUUACAAGUUGAUCUUUUUGAGUAAAAUGUAAGAUUACUUCUCUCAUUUAUCGGGGUUUGGACAUCUGUGUAGCUGAAAAUCCAAACCAAUGAUGACGAUUUUAUUACAGGAGAUAUAAAUUAGUCUCUUGGUUUUGGCAUGCAUGUUAUUGACAGAAUACAUGUAAAAACAGUAGCAGGAACCCUCUUCCCCAUAAAUAUUUUACAUUUUUGUCAUUCUUUUCAACGUUUUUGAUACCUUCCUGCGGGCUAAGACAAGGGUGUCCUCUUUCUCCA